CAGUCAGGCUGAGACUGAGCCGGAGCCGAAGCCGAAGCCGAGUCCCAGUCCCACGGCAGAGACUCAACUCUUCGCUCCCAGGAUGUUUCCGAGGCGUUUAGGCUCCAUGUCUGGUUAUCUUCUGACGGAACACAACGAUGGACUUCACCAAUAAGUCGUCUUUAGGAAACUUUGGCGGUUCCAUAUCAAAUGACGAAUAGCUAGUUAGACAAGCGAACCGUGGGGAAGAUUGGCUAACUAAGCUAGCAGAGGGAAGAGGGUGCUACUCAGCAGGUAUAGGUGAACACGCAGACCAACAUUAGCUCGGCAAUAAUGGUCGUUGUCUCUACAGCCAGUUUGCGUAGUUCAGGGCGUCUGUAUUGCGCUCAAAAGCUGUAUGCGGUGCUGCAAUAUGGAGAACCGUGAGCACGGUUUGCUUUGGAGGUUGAUAUCUGUGCUGGUAUCUACUGUUUGAAAUUGCUUCCAUUGAUCUCGCUGCUACCCGACUAACUAAAUACUAUGAGUUUAUCAGAAAUUUUCCUAGAGGUGGUGUGUUAAGCUGUGAUCAUCGCGUUUAUUUGCAAAGAAUGUCCGAAGUGGGAAGUUCUAGUUCAUCCUUUGGCUUGGAAGAUCCGCAGUGGCUAUGCAUGGUCACACUGUUCAUCGCAUCCGUGAUCACUCUAGUACUGUAUCUGAUACAGUAUUUCCAACAAAGGAGAGUAGGAAAUAAGCAAAGAGCAGGAGAUGACAAUGCAGCGCAGGAGGAAGCCGCCGCUUUGCUGGGAUGGGCGCUGUCACUGAAAAGCUGGAAAAGUCAAUGGACAGAAGCUUGGUGCCGGACUCUGAAUGACGAAUCAAGAAAGUGUGGGCAGGGUUCUGUUCUCUUGACGUUUGAAGAUGACGAGUUUAAAGCGUCGGAGCUCAUGGUCAGCCAAGUAUCUAGCUUCAAAAAGUCUAACAGGAACAAGGUUGCCUGCUGCACUGUGAUUGGGGAAAAGCUUCAGUUCUCGCUCAGUGCUGCGUCGACAACCAUGGCUACAGCAGGUUGUUGUAAAUAUACAGUCUGCAUAGCUCCACUGGAGCUACAGCUCAAUCUACAACAGAAAGAAUUAGAGGAUGAGGUCAAGGUGAUAUGGGGAGUGCCUACCAUCAAGACAGAGGAGCUGCAGGUCAUACCAACCUCCACCCAGAAAAUUGCCAGUUCUUCCAGUGUAGCAGCCAUAAAGGACCAGUUGAGGCAGCUGUUAUGUGCGACGCAUCCCACUGUGCUGCUGAGCUGCAGGCCUGCUCAGGCCUCCGAGGUCAAGGAAACCCAAAACAAAGGAGUUUCACCUCCUAAACCCCCUCGUGCCCAUGACUGGAAGUUGCUGGUGAAAAACAUCCGGGUGACACUUAAUCACGAGGAAGAUGCUGCAGGCAGCAUAAAUCCUCUGUGUAUGAUGCAGUUAGAUGAUCCUCCACAGAGGUUUAACACUUCUAUCUUGAAGAACACAACCAGUCCAUCCUGGGAUCAGCCAUUUAUUUUUGAAUUGAAUGGACGAUCAAAGGAGCUUAAAAUUCAGUUGAUGAAUGAUGGACAACAAGAAAAUUCUUUACUCGGUGAAAUGUCAGUGCCUUUUGAUCUUGUGAAGAAGCAGCCCAAAGGACAGCAAACCUUUGCACUCAUAACCAAAGACACAGUGACUGGAUCACUUACUACUGACUUUACCUACCUGGAGCCCAGUGAGGUAAGGUCCUGGCAAGCUCCCACCCCAGCCACCAACAAGAGGGUGGAGAUGGACCGUACAGUCAUGCCCUGUGGCACGGUGGUCACCACCAUCACAGCAGUAAAGAGCAAGCCAGGCCGACCUCUCCCGCUUGGACUUAACAUAGACCCUGUUCAGAAAGCCAACAAGUCCAAGCUGUCGGAACGUCGUGUUUCAGAACAGGCAUCAAUGCUUGGGGCUACUGUCAGCAAGGCCCUCUCAUCCUCUGACACUGAGCUGCUGAUGCUCAAUGGCACAGAUCCAGUGGCCGAGGCCGCCAUCAGACAACUCCAUGAGUCUGCCAAGCAGAAACUCAAGUCCCCAGUGAAGAAGAGUACCAUCAUUAUUUCUGGCAUCGCCAAAACCCCCUUGUCUCAGGAUGAUGAGCUAGCUUUGAUGGCGGGCUACGCUGCAGCGAUGGAUGCCUCGAUGUCUGAGGGCAGCUCCACUCAGGAUGUGACCACAGCAAUUGUGUCAGGAACAAGCAGCCCUCCAGAAAUGUCAGAGCCCCAAGUAGAGCCCAGUGGAGUUGGUCGGCCUCCAGAAGAUUGGGAGAGCCAGACUGGAGAAGAACUAGACCAUACCUCACUCUCCAUGUGUGUGUCUGAAGCAAGCUGUAAGAAGAGCAGAGGCAGCUUUUUACAGAAAAGUGCUAAGCUAUUCUUCCGGCGGCGACACCAGCGCAAGGAACCGGGAAUGAGCCAGUCACACAAUGACCUGGUUUACCUGGAGUCUCCAGCUGCAGUGGAGCGGGCCAGCCGAACCGCCACACUUAGCCGCAUGCUCCACCGCAAGAUCAAGAAUAAGAGCAAACCCAACGGCUCUACCUCCAUAGGGGAGCCUCAUGCGUGAUCCCCUUUUCACCUCAGUCCCUUUCACAUCUACCAUCACCAACUCCAUGUCAGACUUCCUGGUUAACCCACUCCCUGUGUCACCUAAGCUGCAUUCUGCAUGCGGUAAACUAGGUCUCCUGCAUUUUGAUUCACAGAGCAAUGCGGAUGGAAAAUAUCCUCUUGUUUUGUCCUGCUUUUGUGCUUCCUAAGAAGCGGAUAUUGCAACAAAAGGAAUUAAACUACCCUGGAUUUAUGGCAUUUUAGAAGAUAUUAUUCCACUUUUGUUUUUUUUUUUGAUUUUAUGCAACAUUUUGAAAUCUUGAAGUGCUUUUACAGCCUUGUUAUGGAUAGAAGAGUCUGGUGUGGGCUAUCAUUCUUUACAACACAUUAAAUGUAGAGAACAAACUCUUCCUGUUGUGAAACCAGAAAGUUUCAUUUAGUGGGCCAACAGGACCAAAGAUAAAAAGCAGAGUGGUAUUUGUAUGAUUUGCACACUUUAUCAAUACCAUUAUUUGAAGUGCAAUGACAGGAGCUACUCUUGUUAUGAGACUGUUCUGUAGUUCUGAUUUGUGUUAAAAAAGGGGAGACGAUUAUUAUACUAUAUAACCUAUGUAGUUGGGGGAUACAAUACAGACUUUUUACACUAAAAUGAAAUGAAGUAUUGAAGUCCAGCAUUGAACAUUUUGUUUCUCAAUUAGCUUACAAAACUUUAAUUUGAAUUCCAAUUAGGUAGGACCAGUACAUAAACUGUAACAUAUGCAUAUAAGCUACAUAUAAAGGUAUCCAGAACAAUGCCAGCCUUACAUCUAACACAUAUAUCAAAACCAUUCCAAUCAUUUCAAGUUCCACCUAGGCAGAAGUCACAUCAUGCAAAUUAAAACAACAUCUUCCCAAAAGGAAACGGAGAACACUGUGGCUAACAUAAUCCUUCAUCUAUAUGUGAAUUGUUAAUGUUUACUCCUGUUUUUAAGAUAUGCAACUUUCUUCUUUGUCUUCCCAAAAGAUUUCCUCUGCACUACCGUUACCUGCAGGAUGUGUCAAAAGGGAACUGAGUGAAAUUCUAUCCAGGGAUUGUGAAGUUACACUCGGCCAAACAUGUCGCAUUACACACUAAUGAACCUUGGACUGUGUUCAUUCAAGUCCUGCAUUUCAUCUGUAUGAAAACCUCAUUCUUCACUUAAUGACUUGCUGUUUUAAAAGACGUACCUUUUGAAGACAUGAACACAACAAACCAGUGAGAAUAUUUUGCAGCAACUGAAUUGUUUGGCUGCUUUUUUUAAUAUUCAGCUAAUGAUUGUAUCGUUUCUUGACAUCAUCUUAACUGCUGUUUCAUCAAAACAUGAAUCUGCUUAGAAGACUAAGCGUGGUGAUAAACACAAGUAACAGAUUGCCUUACAGUUAUUCUGAGGGUGCUGUCAAAGGUGGAUGAUCCAGACUUGCCCUUGAUUUGAUGUGACUUUUUGGUGCUGUGGCUGCAUCAUCUGCCAUCAAACCAGAGAACUGGGAGAAUCUGAGAGACAGGCACGUCAGCACAGUCCUGCACCUUCAGCAGAGUUUGUAAUCAAGAAGCCUAUGCACAUAACAUAUUUGUUACCUGGGUGUUUUCGUUAUUUUACUACCUGAGAAACACACUUGAUUGUGUUUGUGACAACAGUCUUCUACAGAGAAAAUGUGGCUUAAUUAUCAUGUAGCAUUUACACCAUAGAGCUUCUCUUGUUCACCACCAUCGCCCAGUCUGUUUAAAAAUAUUCAAAGUGGAGUUUCAGGUUGAAUAAAGUUCAGUAACCAUUCAGUCAGAAACCUCUUUAAACUAGAAGUAAGGGAAAUGUGUCAUUUGUUCGUGCUCAGCUAGCACUGGCUAUGUUAAUGCAAAGUAAGUAGCAGUAGGGCUGUAUGUUCUUAAUAAACUACUUCCUGGUGUUUUUUUUAUUGCCAUCUGCUCUGUGCACAGACACUGACUGAUGUAACUGUUGUAACAGAAUGUCAAGUCAUUUCCCUGCAGGGAUUGUAACUAUUUACAUAUUGAGUUGUUCGUUUUCAGCAAUAAAUACUGAUUGAAUAACUGAGA